AUGGCCGUUGACGAAAAGGAAAUAGGCCAGGUGCCUAUAAAAACUAUGCUUGAGUCACUCCAACAGUCCUUGUCGAGCGCUGCAUCAUCUCUGCCUGCUCUCGAUCCGUCCGAAGACAACACACGAGCCUCCAUCAUACCUCCAGCCGAUGGUAUCUCGCUGCUCGACACCAAAAGCGAGAUCCUUCUAUCCUACCUACAGAACUUGGUAUACCUUGUCCUUCUACAAGUUAGACAGCUCUCUUCUUCGACCACAGACAGCUCCCGGCGGAGUACGGAACCAAGCCAAGAUGAUGUGGUGAAGAAAUUGACAGAACUUCGUGUAUACCUUGAACGUGGCGUGCGGCCUCUCGAAGGACGACUCAAAUACCAGAUCGACAAAGUUCUAAAGGCCGCAGAUGAUCUUGAACGAACCAAGGCGCAAACCGGCGAAAGGGCUGAACGCCGGCGGUCUUCAAAGAGCGCCGGGUCUGAUGUUGAUACAGCGGAUAAGGAUGAGAGUGACGAGAGUAAUAGCGGCAGCGGCAGUGAUGAUGACGAUUAUGGCGACGAUGAAGAGGAUAUUGACGAAUUGACGUAUCGACCAAAUGUAGCUGCCUUCUCCCGUGCAGCAGAAGCCCAGGAACAGAAACAAAAAGCUGCGGCGCAGAAGAAUGAUGCUAUUGGUGACGGAAUCUACCGACCUCCAAAAAUCAAACCUACAGCUCUAGUCGAGAACAAACCCAGCCGGCGUGCAGAACGUGAAGCCCAACGAUCUAAGAAAUCCAAAGCCAUCGACGAAUUCGUCAAUGCGGAGAUGUCGACUGCCCCCAUGGUCGAGCCUAGUAUAGGCAGCACCAUCCGUGCAGGCGGGCGACAUGUUAGCACACAGCAGGAUAGGGCUAGGGAAGAGGAGCGCAGAGCCUACGAAGAAACCAAUUUGAUUCGACUUCCUAAGGAAAGUAAAAAGGAUCGAGCGAAGAGGGGAGGGAAUCGCCGUGGAGGCUAUGGUGGAGAGGAAUGGCAGGGUCUUGGCGAAGGAGUUGAUCGUAUCCAUCGACUGACGCAGAGGAAAAAGGAUGGAGCUGGUAGUGCGCUACAGAGAAGCCGGAAGAGAGCUACUGAGGAUGGUCCGAGAAGCGAUGGAUUUAAUAUUGGUGAGAGAUUCGAAAAGAGACGGAAGACAAUUGCUAGCUGGAAACGAUAG